ACUGGCAGUGAAAACAACAUUUGGCAGAGACAGACUGGGUUAUACAACACACUCAUCAAACCGCUCCAGAUCAGAGCAAAGAAGAAGAAAAGAAAAGGAUUCCUGAUUUUACAAAAAGAUUAAUGGCUGUCCAGCAGCCAUCUGUAUGAGUGUGGAUUACAAGGCUUAGGAUAAUGCUUUCUAACUGAGUCCAACAGACGUGCAACUGUCAACAAUGUUCACCACCAGGAAAAACAGUCUUCCCUCUCCCAGCCUGGAGGACUCUUUCUUCCCUCUCUCCUCACCCUCCACAGUCUCUCUGUCUCUAACUAUGCCUUCAUCCACAUCCUCUCCUGGUAGCAUUGACAAUGGAGGAGGGAUAGAGACCGAUCUGAUACUGGCUGCAGAACUGGGACAGGCUUUACUGGAGAAAAAUGAGGAGCUGGCAGCCUCUCUGGAGCAGAGAGAGAGGGAGGUGGAGGUUUUACAGCAGGAGAAGCAUGUUCUUCAGAGGAAGCUGGAGAUGAGUGAACUAGCAUCUGGGCAAAAAGAGGCAGAGCUGACAGCUGAUGUAGCUGCCUUGAAGGCUGAGCUGGAGCGAUAUCACAGCCAGGGGCAAAGCCGACGAAGAGAUGAGAGUGAGCAGUUGACUCAGUUAAACAAUCAUAACCAACGAUUGGUGGAGCAGCUAGCAGAGGCUGUAACACUGGAACACGCCUUGAGGACUGAGCUUCGUUCCCUCAAAGAAGACAUGGAAGAAUCAUCUUUUAGCCGAACUAUCAGCUUCACGCAAUUACAGAAUGUACAAGCAGAGAACAGAGUCUUGUUAGAGCGGCUGUCACACAUAGAGGAGCAACUAAAAGCUUCACAGGAGGACAGUGACAGACUUCGCGUUGAGAGAGAGGGACUACGAGAGAGACUGACGGAACUCCAGGUCAAACUAAAAGAGAAGGAAGCAGAGCUAGAGCAGGAGCAGGGAGUGGUGUUUGAGUUGCGUACCUUGAAUCGCUCUCUGCAGCAAAGGGUUCUGAACCUGGGAGAAGAAAGCAUCCUGGAUAGUACUCUCACACAACCUUUGUCUCUACUUAGCGAAAUUCAGCAAUCACAGGCUAAGGAGGCUCUUCUAGCUCACUCCACAGUCCUGCAAGCAAAAGAUGAUGAGAUAGAAACACUGAAAGAGGAGCUGCGGUCUCAACGAGAAGAGCUGGUGUCUUUAAGGGAGGAAAUCGCACCAUUUAGAAGCAAUCCUGGAAAUCCAAGUUACAAUUCCCUAGAGAGACAACUGGCCAUGGUGCAACAGGAGAAAGAAUCAUUAACUCAGCAGCUUCUCAACACCAUCCAACAAAAGGUGACGCUGUCUCAAGAGCUGGAUGCCUGGCAGGAGGACAUGCGAUUGGUGAUCAAUCAACAGGUGCAGCAAAAGCAGGAGGAGACACAGGAGGAUGAACAGAAAGAAAGCACAGGACUCCAAAGAAGCAAGUCUUUGAAAAUGAAGGGCGAAGUAGGGAAAAGAUUCUUCUCUUUUUUCAAGGACAAAUGACAGAGAGAAGAAGCAGCAGUUUAAGGGGAAGUAUCACUCUUUAUCCUUGCCACUGUGAGCUUAUGCUGCCAGAUAAUGAACACGGCAAUGUGUUAUCAGCAUCAACAUGUGAAAUGUUUACAGACCUCAUAUCUGAAUUUGAAUGUAUUUGAAUAUAUUUAUAUACAUUGAUGUACAGUAACAAGUGUAUCAGUAAUUUCAGUUUCUAAGACUUUAUAUUAAAAUGUUAAAGCCAGUCUGUAAUGGAUGUUUUACAAUUUCUGGGUUGUUUUUUUUUUAACCAUAGAAUCUUAAAGCUACACUAUUUAAAUGUUUUUGGUCAGGCUGUGUGUUCCUACAGAGAGCUAAAAGAGUAUUAUUAGUGCAACUGCAUACAAAGUUAAUGGAAAGAUGCAAAUUUACAAGAAUAGAGUGAGUUGAUGGAAUCUGAGAACGUUUCAAUACUGGGUUUCUGGGCCUCGAUUGUGUCCAGAGAGGACAAAGGCGAGAGACUAGACAUAGAUAAUAGAAAGAAUCGCCGUUUCUGAUGAGUUCUGAGUUAAGUCAGAGGCUUAGCCAAACACAAGCACAGUAUCCUAACACACUCCCAAAGGCAUGGUUGGUGCAUCCAGGUAAUAUCUGUACAAUAUAUCAGGUUUUUGCAGCAUGAAAACACAGUCGAGAGCAUAGUUUUCCUCAAUUACAACACUUUGAAGCACAAAAAGAGGAACUUAAUACAAACCUCUGACAUAUUUUGACCUAAUAACGUUGUAAUGGUGAACAAUAGCAGACAUGGGGCAACAUGAAACCUUUAGUGUUUUUGUAGCUCUCUAGCCAUGUGUUAAAUGUCCUAUAUUCUCAUUUAUGCUUUGUUUAGGUCUUUUUAAAAACUCCUGGGAAACAAACAAUAUUUGACUCGGUAACACUUUAUUUUACAGGUCUGUAAAUUCCAGUUGAUUUCCAAAU